AUGGACUGGUCUGUACCUGACAACAUCGGUAUUGUGUUUGGCGAUGUAAGAGCUGAUGCCUCCUGGAGAGGAGAUUGUAAGGUGACGGGUUUGGGUUGGGAGUUUUCAUCCUGCUCUGAUCGUGUGCUCUCACAACACUUAUUAAUGGCAGAAAGUCCGGCGAUUCGUGCGGCACUGGAAGAGACACUUAUUCGUCGUUUCAAGAGUUUAUGGCUGGAACCGGAUCCAAGCAAUUACGACAUGAGCAGGUUUCAGAGUUUCGCUGAGUUCCAUGGCGACGUUUGA